AUGACGUGCGAACUUAGUGACGAUGUACACGAAGGUGUGCCUUGUGAAGCUUCUGAUACUGAGUUUGCCCUAGUACAAAACGAGUUGGGAUUCGUACCCAAUAAUCUUGUUAGAGUUUGUGCGUAUGUUGACAGCAAUGGACAUACGUCGCGUGUUCAAGAGUCGAAAGACCAUCGUCCUGCUGCGUUAUUACUUUAUCCAUUGCGUAAUGCCGAGGAUGCGUACAAGAAGAAACAACGGGCUAAAGUUGAGCCAUUUCCAACAAUCUAUUGGCUAGCAUCGACUGAACUCAAGGCUAAAGUGUCAAUACUUGAAGACCAACAAUAUGUCUUGAUGUUACAGCAGCGAUUGGAUGCGGAUCAAAGUGCGAGAGAGCGAAUGGUACAAAGUCACCGUGAGUAUGCAGAGCAACGCUGGCAUAUGAUGACUGCUCAUGAUUUAAAACUGAUACAACAUCGGCGAUGGGAGUUUGUUCUCCGUGAUGUGGGAAUUGCUGGUAUCCGUGAGUUUACAAAUGUGAAAUGUUUGCAUACACAUUAUGCGCAUUAUCUAGCAACUGGGAAUAAUUUAAUCGGGGAGUGGGUACAAGAACUUUUGGAUAAGACCGCGAGUAGACGUACAGAUGUGCAUUUGUCUCGCUAA